GCCGUUGAGUGGGGUAUUGGACACAGGCCUCCUGGAGCUGGCCUGGAGAGAGUUGGGGCGCCUUUUUGGGGGAGAGCAGCCAACUGACCCCCAGUGGCACCCACAUCCUUGUGACAGCACUGCCAAGGCCCAGACCUGACUUCUGUCUCAUGGAGCCUGCAGGUGAAAAGCCCGGAGAGGCUGAUGGGCCACGCAUCACACCCCAGCUGCUGAAGUCAUGCACAGGCGAGUUUGCCCUAGAGUCCAUCCUGCUGCUGAAGCUGCGAGGCUUGGGGCUGGCGGACCUGGGCUGUCUGGGGGAGUGCUUGGGCCUUGAGUGGCUGGACCUGUCGGGCAACGCACUCACCCACCUGGGCCCGCUGGCCUCCUUGCGCCAGCUGGCUGUGCUCAACGUCUCCAACAACCGGCUGACUGGGCUGGAGCCGCUGGCUGCCUGUGAGAACCUGCAGAGUCUCAGUGCUGCAGGCAACCUGCUGGCCUCUCCUGGCCAGCUGCAGUGUCUGGCUGGGUUGCGGUGCCUCGAGUACCUGCGGCUCCGGGACCCUUUGGCCCGGCUCAGCAACCCACUGUGUGCUAGCCCUUCCUACUGGGCGGUGGUCCAAGAGCUGCUGCCCGGCCUGAAAGUCAUCGACGGGGAGCGUGUAUCUGGGCGUGGCAGUGAGCUCUACCAGCUGUGCCGAGACCUGGACAGCUCACUGCGCCCCAGCUCCAGCUCAGGCCCCAGAGCCACUGAGGCCCAGCCCUGGGUGGAGCAAGGGUACUGGGAGUCCUGGCCGACCCGGAGCAGCUCCAUCCUGGAGGAGGCCUGCCGGCAGUUCCAGGACACACUGCAGGAGUGCCACGAUCUGGACCGCCAGGCCCGUGACAGCUUGGCCCAGGCUGAGCAGGCGCUCAGCCCCGCAGGAACUACAUCUUCCUUUGUCUUUUGAGUGUGCCCCAUGGCCCAGGACAGCCUGGCAGGUGAUCUGGCUGCUCACAUCUCCCUCCCUGCCUCUGCACUUGUCUUCCCGGUUUCCUCAUGGCAGUCACUGGCCCUGCAAACUGGGCUAUUCAUUUAUCCCUGUCCUGACAGCAGCCCCUCACUCUCACCCUCCCCUUCCCGCUUCAGGAACAUUUCCCCACCCUCCCUGCACAUACUGCAGGGACGCCCCUCCUGAGUGCCUCUAGCAGGUGGGAAGCUCUCCACGGGCAGCUGGCACACACUGUGCAGCGGGGAAAGGGCCUUGCGGAGCCUCCGUCCACAGCCGCUGCCGAUCCUGCCUGCUCCAGCUGAGACUUAAUGGGAAGAGUUCCUUCCUCCUAAGGCCACAAGUGGAAAAGGUAGGGAUAGGCGUGCCUCCAGCCCCACUCCUGUCACGCUCCUAGGAGUGUGCGGACAGAGUAGAGCGUUCCAGAACAUUCCUGGAAGUUGGAGCUCACCCGCCUUCCAUACCUGCCUAUCCAGAUGACUGCCUACUGUGGCUCGGUCCUGUGCCUCCCUGGAGCCUUCUAUGCCUGUUCCCACCCACUAAUCCCUAUUAAACAGCUCUGUUUUAA